AUGCACUGUCGGCGGCAUCAACGUUACAUGGUGAGUGCUCUCUCCCAGCCAUGGCCGCCGAGCACGUCAACUCAUUCCGACGUCCCGCUACUGUCACACACAGCCCUGUGCUCCCGUUCCCGCCCAUCUCCUUCCUCAUACCUGCACCGGCUCUCCCUGUCACCCCACUCCCUCACUCCCAUACUUCCCUGCCACCUCCCUCUCACCCAGCACCCGCAUCGCGCCGAAAUGUCGGGCUCCUCGCCACGGCUCACGGUCGCACUGCUUCUGCUGAUCUGCGCGGUGCCCGCUCCUCCCACCGCCAACGCGCAAUGGACGUAUCUUCCCCGCAUAUCUCGCGGCGCAUGGCUGCCGCACUCAUUCGGCUCCACAUCCCGCCACGUCGUUCCCGCUGACGCCGACGCCGACGCGCAACCGCUGUUCCCGCAUGCGCAGUCCAAGCUGACGUCAUCGCUCUCGCUCGCCCCCUGGAUGUUUCCCUUCGCCCGCCCGCGCUCCUUUCUCCACACCGCCUCCCGCGCGCAGUCCCCGCCAGAGACCGACACGCGUGCGCCCACAUUUUCCACGCUCACGCUAGAGCGCGACCAGCCGCCCAAACCGCCCAAGUCGCCCAAAUCACCGAAACCGCCGAAAUCUCCAAAGCCGCCCAAGUCCCCCAAGCCCCCGUCUCCCCCGAAGCCAGGGAAGUCCCCCAAGCCUCCCCCGCCCCCCCCUCCCACCCCCCUACCGCCACCGCCGGAGUGGCCAUCCACGUACGCGGGGGUCGCGCCGCUCGCGACGGACCCGCCGGAAACGCCGCUCUUCGAUGUGCAGGAGGGGUUCGGGGCGGUGGGUGACAACGCUACCGACUCGUGGGCCGCGUUCGACGGCGCGUUCCGCGCUGCGUGUGAGAGCGCGAAGGGGAGCGGCGGGCGCGCGAUAGUGCGCGUGGGGGAGGGCGCGUUCUUCCUGGCGAAGUCCAUCACCGUCAACGGGUCGUGCGGCGCUGGCCUCACGCUGCAGGUGGACGGCACCAUCUACGGGCCGCUCUCCAAGGACGGCUACCCCACGCCCUCACUCUACCUGAACGGCACUAUCAUUGGUGUCGCCAGCAACGGGCUGUUUCAGUUCCAGGGCAUGAAGGGACUGGUGCUGCGCGGGGAGGGGGCGAUAGACGGCAAUGGGAGGAAGUUCUGGGGGUCCAAGGCGCCCACGCGGCCACACAUCAUUGCGCUCAUCGACUGCCGCAACACCACCAUUGAUGGGCUGCUGCUGCGCAACCCGCCGAUGUACCACGUGUUUGGGUAUGGCACGGAGGGGCUGUGGAUCCGCGGGGUGACGACCAACAGCCCCGAGACGUCCCCCAACACGGACUCGCUCAAGCUGAUCGGUGUGCGCCACGCGCUCAUCGAGAACUGCACCUUCCAUGGCGGGGAUGACGACGUGUCACUCGUUGCCAGGGGCGCUCAGAGCGUGGUGAACGUGACGGUCAGGAACCUCAUUGCCACGGCCGGGCACGGCAUCAGCAUUGGAAGCCUGGGCGCUGGAGGGGCAGUGGCGUGUGUGUCUGAUGUGACCUUUAAGGACCUCAUUAUAUCUAACCUCGAUAACGGGCUGCGCAUCAAGACAUGGCAGGGUGGCCUGGGGAUGGUGCGCAAUGUGCGAUACGAGAAUGUGUACAUGACCAACACUGACAACGCCAUCACACUCAACCAGUUUUACUGCGACUCGCACCAGGACUUCUUCUGUGGCAUAGCGCCUGACAACGUGGCACUGGUCAACAUCACUUACUCCAAUGUCUAUGGCACCACCUCACGGUAUGGAAUGAACAUCCGAUGCAGUGCGACGGUCCCCUGUGGCGGCAUCAAGCUCAACAACGUCAACCUUGUCUCCUCCAAGGGAAGCUCUCUCCGCCCCGUGCUGCUGAAUGUGGUCAACAGCCAGGCCACAGGGGUGGUGGCGCCUUUACCGCAAGGCAUGGGGUCGUAUGCAGCACCGGAGGACGUAGGCAGGUCGCUGAUGCCGUUUCUGCAGCGCGCCGAUGAGCUGCAGAAGCACGACCCGCUCGUCGCGUACUACUGUCGGCUGUACGCGACGGACAAGGGCCUCAAGGUGUCGAGCAAGGAGAGGGGCAAGGAGACCAACGACCUGCUGCUCUCGCUGCUCGCCCGUCUGGAGAAGGACAAGGCGGAGGUGCAGCUGAGCCCCGAGGACAGUCUGCACGUGGAGGGCUUUGCAGAGCGCGUCUUUGCCAAGGCGGACAAGCAGGACCGCGCCGGCCAGGCCGACAUCUCCACGGCCAAGACGUUCUAUGCGGCGGGGCUGUUCUUCGACGUCAUGCGCCAGUUCGGCGAGCUGCCUCCUGACGUGGAGCAGAAGCAGCGGUACGCGGCGUGGAAGGCAGCUGACAUCCGCAAGGCACUGGCAGAGGGCCGCCAACCCACGCCUGGCCCGCCUGCUGCCGAUGCUGCCGGUGCUGCUGCCCUGCUCUCCGCACCUGCCGCUGCUGCUGCUCCCUCCACAGCCCCGGACAGUGCUGGUGGGGCUGGUCAUGCGACACAGGGAAGCCAGCAGCAGCACGACAUCCUGGGUCUGCCGGUGCCGCCCUCAGUGCAGCCUCUCCGCGCCGACCGCAGUGGAGCAGCGCCAGGGGGGAGUGGGGCAGCAGCAGGGGGAGGGGGUGCUGGUGGGGGAUGGGCACAGGGAGGCGCGCAGCAGGGGCUAGGGGUGGGGCGACCCCAUGGGGGUGGCGCUGCAGCAACAACAUCGUCCCUCGGCCCUGCAGGCGCAGGCGCACCAGGAGCAGCAGCUGCUGCCCCGUCCUCCUUCUCAGCCCCCCUGCCUACUGCAACGCAGCCCGCUGUCAAAGCCACCACAGGAGCUGCUGCAAGCACAGCCACAGGCACAAGUGCAGGCUCGGGCACAGGCAUGGGAAUGGGGGGGCAGGCCCCACCAGCGGGUAAGGUGGGGGACGCCCACCGCGCUGCGCGCUUUGCUGUGAGUGCACUGGCAUUUGAUGAUGUCCCCGCUGCUUUAGACUACCUCAAACAGGCCCUGCGGUUGCUGGACGGGAUGUAA